GCAAACUUAGGCUCUUGAGCGAAAGGUUGACCUCCAAGCAAAGGAGCUGGACUUUCAGGCAAUGGAGCUGGACGAGGCAGCAAAGCGAGAAAAUAUUCUGGAGAAGAAGUUAAGCUUUCUAGAGCAAGAGCUACAAGACGUCAAGGAAAGCAAAGCAUUCCACGUGCCAGAGAAUCAGCAGAGUGCUGGUCAAGAAGUGGUGGAAGUGAUCGUGAAGUGGGAAUCAAACGGAGAGCUUAUUGCCAUCAUCAGUAUUGGAAAGAGAGCCAAACUUUCGGAGCUACGAGCCCAGGUCACUCCAAGAGUUCCUCGUGUGAAGCGGGGUUUUACUUUCAUUUUGUGUGAGGGACCUGUCGGCCAAGAUCUGGAAGAUCAAAUCCGUGUGGUAUCGUUCAAGAACGACACUGGCGCUUUCGUUGUGGUGGUUCGUCCCCCAGCAACGCGAGGUUUUGCAAGCUUGAAACGAACCCCGCUCGUAGAAGUGACCAAGAAUGACGAGCCGGUGAAGCUUGUGAAGACGAGCGCUCCGAGAAGAGAGAAAAUCUCGCUGGCCCAGAGAGCCAAGAUGAGCGUCGUUGAUGAUAUACUAGCUAAGCUUCACUAGGUGAUUAUAACUUUGAUGUUCUGUCAUGCUCCAAGUGGACUACUGGUCACUGCAGAUCUCGAAGAUCAUCUUCGCAUUUCAAGUCCAACCACAGGCUCAAAGGAUUGGUAUGCGUCUCGGCUGAGAAGUUGUCACGGGUUAGAUGAAGGUAGAAGCAUCCAUGCUAGCAUUCGUUCCAGCGGCCAUGGUGGAAGCCGUUUCCUGGGGAAUCUCCUGGUCCAGAUGUAUGGUAAGCACGGUAACUUCGAUCUCGCGCUUGAAACGUUCAGCCACAUUCAAGAGCCAAACGUUUUCUCUUGGACCAUCUUGAUUGCAGCAUUUGCCCGGAAUGGCCAUUACCAUCGGGCAUUUGAGCUCCUGUGUAGAAUGCAAAACGAGGGAGUGACAUUCAAUGCGGUGACAAUCUCGAGCGUGUUGACGGCUUGCAGGGACAUCAAACAGGCUCGAGAACUGGAAAGGCUGGCGGCAGUGGCUGGUUUUGGGGGCGAGGAGAGGAUACUUCGCAGCCUCAUCCAUGCGUAUGGAGAAUGUGGUAGUGUGGACGAUGCUCGGGAGGUUUUUGACGCCAUGGAAGCCGCUGGAGACCUUGUCUCUUGCACGGCUUUGAUGGGAGCGUAUGCUCGAAACGGGUAUAGUGUGGAAGCUCUGAGGCUGUUCCAAAAGAUGAGCUUGGAAGGCGUCAAGCUCGACAAGAUCAGCUUUGUGAGCGUCAUAAACGCAUGCGCUUGUGCUAGAGACUUGCGGCGAGGUAAGCUCUGUCACGAGCUCUUGAGACAAUCUGGUUUGGACACUGACUUGACUUUGCAGAACACUCUCCUGAGCAUGUAUGGGAAGUGUGGAAUGCUCAACGAGCUGCACGAGAUGUUCUGCAUUAUAGAAGCUCCAGACGCUGUCUCCUACAACUCGAUCAUCUCAGCUCUUGCUCAUAACUCCCAGCCUAGGCAAGCUCUCUUUUUCUUUCGGUGCAUGCUGCUUGACGGCAGUCUACCAAGUCUAGUCACAUUCAUCUCUGUCGCUCACGCUUGCGGGUGCAUAGGUGAUUCUAGGCCAGCUGCAGUUAUCUGUUCGCUGAUUCGAGACUGUUGCGGAGUCACCACCAGCGAUUCGGUUUUGAGAUCGGCUAUAGUUGCAAUGCAUGGAAGGUGUGGGGACGUGGAAGCAGCAAGGGAGGCUUAUGAAUCUUACGCAAAGGACGAGCUAGGCUGCACGUCAAUGUUUGCUGCGUACGUUCAAAACCACAAAUUUGGUCGAGCUCUGGGCUUGUUCCGACGCAUGCAGCUCGAAGGCAUUAAGCCCAACAAGGUAACCUUUCUCAGCGCUCUCGAUGCAUGCAGCAACACUGGAGAUGCUUCUCAAGCUAAAACUGUCCAUGGUUGUGUUGUUGACGCAGGAUACGAGACGGACCACGAGAUUGGGAACGCGAGAAUCAGCAUGUACGGGAAAUGUGGGAGUUUGGAGCAAGCCAGAAAACUCUUCGACAUGAAAACGUACAAGGACGUGCUCACUUGGACAGGAAUGGCGGGAGCUUAUGCACGUAACAAGGAAGAAACUCAAGGUCUGAAGCUCUUUAAGGAGAUGCAACUCAACGGGAUCAAGCCGAACAAGGUAGCGUUUGUGGUGGCAUUGGAUGCCUGUGCUAACUCGGGCAGCAGCUUCGUUCUGUCGCAAGGGAGGAGACUUCACGAACAGGUUAGCGAGAGCGGGCUUGAAAGGGACACUGCAGUGGGAAACUGCCUUAUAAACAUGUACGUCAGCUGCGGGAGCUUGAAAGACGCAAGGACGCAGCUAGAAAAGAUGGAGAACCAGAAGAACUUGACUUCGUGGAACACGAUGGUGUGUGGACUCGCCAGGAGCAGCGGGCACGAGGAGCAGGCUCUGGACCUGAUUUCCCUCAUGGACUUGGAGGGAGUAGCACCCGAUGUCAUCACCUUUUCCAGCGCUCUCGAGGCUUGUGCUAGCACGGCAGCUCUAGCUCGCGGCCAGAUGAUCCAUGCUCGGAUUGUCGAGAGUGGUGAUGCGCUCGAUCUUCACACGAAUUUGGUUCUGGGGACUUGCCUCGUCAACUUAUACGGCAAGUGCGGCAGUCCAGGGAGAGCAAGACAGGUGUUUGAGGAAAUUCGUAGUAGCGGCGACACCGUCUUGUGGAAUGCAAUGAUCGGAGCUUAUACUCGGCACGGGCGUGUCGGGGAGGCAGUGGAACUGUUCCAGGCUUUAGUUGUCGAGGGCGUUGCUCCAGACAAGGUGACCUUCGUCUCCAUCCUGGCUGGCUUUUGCCAUGGCUGCCAUCAGCAGGAGGAAGCUGCGGCCGCGGAGCAUUUUCUUCUUAUGAACGAGUUCAUGGUUAAGCCGGGAGCCGAGCACUUCACUUGCUUGAUCGAUCUUUUGGCGAGGAAAGGGCGGCUUCUUGAGGCCGAGGAACUGCUCAAGGCAAUGCCGUUUCAACCCCAAGGAAUCAACCUGGUGUCGCUCUUGGCCGCGUGCAAGCGCUACCAGGAGGUCGAACGAGCCGAGUCGACAGCCGAGUUUAUCAUGAAGCUUGAUCCAACGCAAGCACCGGCUUACGUGCUCUUGUCCGAUGUGUAUGCUGCUGCUGCCUAGAGAAACCAUCGUGACGUCUAGGAAUUUCAGAUCUGUGUAAAUCACGUAAAUCUCUCACAAGGCAAGGUGUCUGACCAAGUUACAAUCGAAUAUUCAGGGAAAAGAUGGCCACUGGGUUCCAGACUUCGCAUAGAGGAAUAAAAGGCAGCCAUGGAAAGGAAGAACCUCUUCCUCCAGCUGCUUUGAAGCAACCUGGAAUCCAGGAUUUCAAGGAUGAA